UCGAGGGCCUAACCGCAGUUGUGUGACCGCGUUCGGCGGGCGAGCACGGAAAAUAAGACAGUGGGACAGUCGAACGGAAAACCUACGAAAGCCGCUGGAUUUCAGCCUUGCCUUAAAUAGUUUUAGUUCAUAAAUUAGUCGCGCCGAUAGCCAGAUAAGGCCAGUGUUCCGGGAAAGUCUCUCCAUAGCGAAGUGUAACCAUGAGAAGGUGUCGCAAUACCCCACUGGCAAUCGUCAUUGCCCCGAUCUUGAUUUGUGCUUCGGUGGUCUUGGCCCAAGAUUUUGGAUACGAGGGUAGACAUGGACCCGAGCAUUGGGGUGAGGACUAUGCCCGUUGCAGCGGAAAGCAUCAGAGUCCCAUAAAUAUCGACUUGGUCAAUGCCGUGGAGAAGAAGUUUCCCAAUCUGGAGUUUUUCAAUUUCAAUGUGAUUCCUAAGGCUUUUCAAAUGUCGAACAAUGGUCACACGGUGCUGGUGAAGAUGAGUUUCGAUGAGGACACGGUGCCAAGUGUUAGGGGUGGUCCUCUGGCGGAGAAAACACCUUUGGGCUACCAGUUCGAGCAGUUUCACUUUCAUUGGGGCGAGAACGAUACGAUUGGCAGUGAGGAUCUGAUCAAUAAUCGUGCUUAUCCCGCCGAACUCCAUGUGGUGCUACGGAAUUUGGAAUAUCCCGACUUUGCUAGCGCUCUGGGACAGGAUCAUGGCAUCGCCGUUAUGGCCUUCUUCUUUCAGAUUGGCGUCAAUUCAACUGGGGGUUAUGAGGGCUUCACCAACUUGCUCAGCCAAAUUGACCGGAAGGGCAAAUCCGUGAACAUGACCAAUCCACUUCCUCUGGGAGAAUAUAUUUCCAAGCAUUUGGAGAGCUACUUCAGCUAUACGGGUUCUCUGACAACUCCACCUUGCAGUGAGGAGGUUACCUGGAUCGAUUUCACGGCUCCCAUUGACAUCACGGAGAAGCAGCUGAACGCCUUUCGUCUGUUGACAGCCAACGAUGAUCAUCUGAAGAACAAUUUCCGACCCAUUCAGCCGCUCAACGAUCGCGUUUUGUACAAGAACUAUAUAAAUGUGGACAUAGACAACUUGGAUUCGGUUCCAUUUGUGGAUGCGGAAAACGCAGCUGGCAAGUGGAGGCCCCAUUUCCUGGCAGUCCUGCUACCUGCCAUUUUCGUCCUCGUACCGCUGCUAAGGACCUCCGUUUUCAGUGGUUUUUAAUUAGAGUUCUGCGGCGGGGAAUCGAAGGUUAAAUCGUUAAAUGCCUAGUAUGCGCUUAGGCGUCCAAUUAGGCGCUGUAAUUUACAUUUUCCACUCUUGUUCGCCGUCGUUUGUUUGUUUUCCAAACACGAG